ACUGAACAUUUUUUUUACAGUCAGAAGUUUGAGCUGUAAAAAUAUCAACUCGCUUUAACGUUGUCUGAUAGCUUAACUAACUUUGUCAACAUCGUUUUGCAAAUAUUUCAACAAUUGUUUUCAAGAAAAACUACUGUUAUCAACACGUUAUCUUUUCUAUACGUCUUGGAAGGCAAACUACCUGAAAAGCUACAAAUUGGAUUAAGGAAAUCCGACCGUGAUAGUUAGCUAGCUCGUUAGCAUCUUUGAAGGAGUCGCUUUUCUCUCUCUCUGUGUCCUCGUUUGUACCCGAUAUCAGGUUUAAGUAAUUUUCCCACCAAUAAUCUCUUUUGUAUUGCAUGUUUCGCCGUUUUUUUGUUGCAAAGGUCGGGUACAGUAGUGACAGUGAGUAGCCCAGCUAAGCUAAGCUACUGUAGUUAUCAUGGAGAACCAUUGGAGUAAUCUUCAAUCCAGUGGACGAGACAAACAACGAAAGAAGGGAUUCACCGCAGGACAAGGUGGAUCGUCUGGAGGCGAGGAUGGAGACCGUAAACCAAAGUUUCAUUUACAGGUUAAAAACAUGAAGGACGACAUGAUGGACAGGUUCGCCAGUAUCCGUAUCCCGGGCAGUAAGAAAGAGCGUCCUCACCUCCCUCACGUCAAACACUCCUCCUCGUCUGAAUGGUCUUCCUCCUCCGCUGAGUUUGAGGAACUGUCCUCCAAGAUCACCUCAGAACAGGAGAUACUGGGCCUCUUCGAGAAGAUGAUGGAGGAUAUGAACCUGAAUGAUGACAAGAAGGCUCCUCUGAGAGAGAAAGAUCUGAGCACCAAGAGAGAGAUGGUUAUCCAGUACAUUGUUACUGCCUCCAAAACAGGCAGUGUGUGUAGCAGUCAUCAGAUUUCCCCUCAGGAGUUCCUGGGGGAGUUAAAGUCAGGGGUGACUGACGAACGCCUCAUGGCCUGUCUGGACUCUCUCCGUGUCUCCCUCACCAGCAACCCUGUCAGCUGGGUGCAGAGUUUUGGCCACGAGGGUCUGGGACUGCUGCUAGACAUUCUGGAGAAGCUGCUCCACAAGAAACACCAGGAUAAACCUGACAAGAAGAGCCAGCAUAAAGUCAUCCAGUGCCUCAAAGCCUUCAUGAACAACAAGUAUGGUUUGGAGCGUAUCCUGUCAGAGGAGAAGUGUCUGUCCCUGUUGGCCCGAGCUAUCGACCCCACCCAGCCCGCCAUGAUGACCGACGUGGUCAAGCUGCUGUCAGCCAUCUGCAUUGUGGGCGAGGAGAACACUUUGGAGAAGGUCCUUGAAGCCGUCACCACAGCAGGAGAACACAGGGCCACGGAGAGGUUCAGUCCAAUCGUAGAAGGACUCAGAGAUCGCUCCGUCCAAUUACAAGUGGCCUGCAUGCAGCUCAUCAAUGCUCUGGUGACGUCUCCAGACGAGCUGGACUUCAGGCUUCACAUCAGGAAUGAGUUCAUUCGCUCCGGCCUCAGAGAGAUUUUACCGGUAAGCUGAGCAUCGUUGCCCGCU